AUGCCGCAAAAGCUCUUGCUUGCGCUCCUUGUCGCCUACCACAAGUUGCGCCACUACUUCCAAGGCCACCCCAUCAAGGUCGUCUCGGCUUACCCGCUGGAGAGAGUGCUCCAGAGCCCCAACGCCGCGGGAAGGGUCGCCGAAUGGAACAUCGAGUUGAAGCAUGUGCUGCACGACACGAACAAGGAAGCAGAUGAUAUCGCCAAGAGGGCAUCCCGACGCCUGCCUCAGGAACCUGGCGUCUUCGAGGAGCGGCUCUUCAAGCCUUCAACAGAGGGGUGCUGGACUGAAGAGUUCAAGGCGUACCUGCUUCAGGGGACCCUGCCGGAGAAGGAGGAAGACGCAGAGCGCGUGGCUCGGCAGGCCACUGCUUACUGUAUCCAGGAUGGCGAGCUCUACUGGAAAUGGCCAAACGAUGUUCCUCUGCGAUGCAUCUCCAGGGAGCAGGGAUGUGAGCUGUUAGCCCACAUACACGGCGGGGACUGCGGGCACCACUCGUCAUCGCGCACCCUAGUGGGCAAGGCGUUCCGCAACGGAUUCUACUGGUCCAUGACGCUCAAUGACGCCACCGAGCUGGUGAGAUCUUGUGAAGCCUGCCAGUUCCAUGCCAAGCAAAUCCACCAGCCUGCUCGGGGUCUCUAG